CUGGAAAGUUGUAAGAAGCCUUGAUAGAACAAGCUUCGGUGCACAGGGGAAAGGAGUGACAGAACAAUCAAGCGCAUCCCAGUAAAAGCCGAGGUAGGGUAUUAUAAGGGUAUCAACGUUCAAGUCCAACUGCCCUUCUGAUUCUGGAGUCAAGUGAACAUCUCGAUUUAAAGGGUUUCGGAUUCGAUCUCGAUCUGCUCAAACUACGCUUCAAUCAUGUCCUAUAAUAUUUCAGAACUCUUCGUCCCCUCACUCGCUGGGCUUAUUUCGCUUUACGUCCUAUGGUCUUACUUUGUCUCUUCACCCAAAUCCUCAACCCCAACCCCGAAGGUUCCAACUCUCAAUGGUAACUUCAAGCCCGGUAAUCAGUCUGCUGACCUUCCAGAAGCAGGUCGGGAUUUCGUCAAAAGAAUGGAACUGCAGAAGAAGAAAGUUGUCGUUUUCUAUGGUUCCCAGACUGGCACAGCCGAAGAUUACGCAACCAGAUUGGCAAAGGAAGCUAAAUCACGAUAUGGAAUCAGCAGUCUGGUAGCCGAUCCGGAUGAUUACGACUUUGAUACGCUCGAUCAGAUGACCGAAGAUCAAUUAGCGGUUUUCGUGAUGGCUACUUAUGGCGAAGGGGAGCCCACCGAUAAUGCGGUCAACAUGCUCGAGUUCCUCAAGACUACACCUAAAGAUCAACUCGACCUCAGCAAGUUGAAGUUUGUCGUGUUCGCCUUGGGGAAUCGUACAUAUGAGCAAUUUUGCGCGAUGGGCAAGAUCAUAGACGAAGAGUUGACGGGCAAAGGGGCACGGAGAAUCGGAGAGUUAGGCAUGGGAGACGAUGACAAGUCUAUGGAGGAAGAUUAUCUCGCUUGGAAGGACCCCAUGUGGUUAGCCGUCCAAGCUGAGAUGGGUUGGGAGGAAGGUGCUGGAGGUGAUGUAGCGGACUUUGAUGUCAAAGAGAUUGAUCCAAAAGAGGCCGAUGAGAGCAGGGUUUACAAGGGCGAGCUCAGUGCCCGAGCACUGCUCGGCACCCCCGGCGUUUUCAAUGCUAAGAAUCCGUAUAUCGCACCCGUGUCUGAAACAAAGGAACUGUUUAUUGCUGGUGAUCGAAAUUGCGUACAUGUAGAAUUUGACUUGAAAGGCAGUGGAUUACGGUAUCAGCCUGGGGACCAUCUCGCUGUUUGGCCUGUCAAUCCGGACUCGGAGGUCGAGCGUCUGAUGAAACUCCUGGGUUUAUGGAAAAAGAGGGAAACGGUAGUAGACCUCACUUCGCUAGACCCCACCUUGGCCAAGGUACCGUUCCCGAGCCCAGCAGCUUACGAUGCUAUCUUCCGCCACUAUCUGGACAUCUCUACCACCGCCUCCCGUCAAUUACUCUCCUCAUUAGCUCAAUUUGCACCUACCGAACGUGCUCGAGAGGAAAUGCGUGAAUUGGGUACAAACAAAGAUCGUUACUCGAAUACAGUAGCUCGGCUUGGGCUUCGAUUAGGAGAAUGUAUGAUGAUGGCGAUGAAUGGUCCGUUAGAGUCAGAAGAUCCAUUGUCAGAAAAUUUCGGAGCGGGCUGGUUAGAAGAAUGGAAGAUUCCGUUUGAUCGGAUCGUUAGUGGACUGCCAAGGCUACAACCUAGGUUUUAUUCGAUCUCGAGUUCACCAAAGAUGGUCCCCGACAAAGUUCAUAUCACCGCGGUUGUGUUGAAGUAUGGAUCCGGGGACCGGCUUGUAUACGGGUGUGGAACAAAUUACCUUUUGAAUGUCAAACUCGCACUCAAUGGAGAACAUGAGCGACUAGCAAACCAACCAAUCGAUCAGCGUCAUCACGGGGUACCGAAAUACAAACUCGAAGGGCCGAGGGGCAAGUACCUAGGCCCCUCAGGCGAGUUACGGAUACCAAUUCACAUCCGGCGUUCCAGCAUGCGUUUACCUACAUCGCCACACAUACCGGUGGUGAUGAUCGGACCUGGCACGGGAGUAGCCCCAUUCAGAUCAUUUAUACAGGAACGAGUGACAAGUGCGCGUAAGGCAAAGGAGCGCGGGGGUGGCCUGGAGCAGUGGGCCAAUAUUGUGUUGUUUUAUGGAUGUCGAAAGGAGAAUGAAGAUUUCUUGUAUCGUGAGGAGUGGGAUCAAUAUGCAGCAGAAUUGGACGGAAAGUUCAAGAUGUUCACCGCUGUUUCACGAAAACCUGGAACUGAGAAGAAGCGAUAUGUACAGGACGAUAUCUGGGAUCAGCGUAGCAUGAUUGGGGAGAUGAUUCUACAGAAGAAAGGAUACACAUAUAUCUGCGGUGACGCAAAGCACAUGGCUAAGGAUGUAGAAGAGACCUUGAGGAAGGUUUUGGGUGAGUACCGAGGAGGGACAGCUGAGGUAGAAGGAGCCCAAGAGUUGAAAAUCUUGAAAGAUCGGAACCGAUUACUAUUGGAUGUGUGGUCUUAGAAGAAACGUAAAUUAGCAUGGAAAUACGGAUAAAGUUUCUCUGUUUAUUCUUGUGAUAAAUUUCCUAUCCAUUAUACACUAGAGCAAAGGAGUAGCAGCUAGCUACUCGUAUAUCUCUAGUAGCAUGACUUUCAUAUGUACACGGUCUCGAUUGUUUGACUGUUCAUUUGUGUGGCUGUACCGAACACUUCUAUUCAACAUUGCAAUCAAAACCCGAACUUGUUUAUG